AUGCCCCUAUUCCCCGGUGGAUAUCAACAGCAAGCAUUUCAUUCAUGUAUCAUUGACUUGAUCGAAUUUGCUGAAGAAACGUAUGCCGACAAGUGUGAUUCACUCAUCAUCAUCCUGGAGAAAUGCACAAAAAACAUGGACACUGUGCUUCGUACCUUGCUUUAUUUUGGAUUUCAAUUGAUUGAUCCCCGUAUCUACAACCACACGGCUUCCUAUGUAUUGGUCGGCUAUGAGCUCUAA